AUGCUUGUUGUGCCGAAACCAGGUUUCUUGGUGGAUGUUUAUUCGACCGAUGUUUCGACGUGCUCGCUUACUGAUCUUCCACAAAAUAUUGUGAUUAAGUUUUCAAAAUAUGCUGGCUCGUUCUGUUCUCCUUGCUCGUUCGGAUGCGCUGAUUAUUGCCAGCCAAAGCCGCUUUUUAGGAUGUAUGAUGUGGAUUUGAACGAUUGUGGCUUUAUGGUUUUGGACGCUCUCAUUAAAAUUAAGAACGAGCAGGAUCCUACGCUUACCUUCAGAAGGAGUUGCCGUGAAGGCAUCUGCGGCUCAUGUGCUAUGAACAUCGGUGGCGAAAACACUCUUGCUUGUAUUUGCAGAAUUGACACAAAUACGAGCAAGACUACCAAGAUCUAUCCAUUACCUCAUAUGUACGUUAUCAAGGAUCUUGUCCCUGAUAUGAACCUGUUCUACGAGCAGUAUGCAUCGAUUCAACCUUGGCUACAAAAGAAGAAGGAUCUGACACUUGGUGAAAAACAGAUGUACCAAAGCAUUAAGGAACGUGAGAAGUUGGAUGGAUUGUACGAGUGCAUUCUGUGCGCAUGUUGCUCGACUUCUUGCCCAUCAUAUUGGUGGAAUGCGGACAAAUAUCUAGGACCAAGCGUUUUGAUGCAGGCCUACAGGUGGAUCAUUGAUUCUCGAGAUGACUACCCUAUGGAACGUCUACACCGCAUGCAUGACCAUUAUUCCGCUUUCAAAUGCCACACCAUCAUGAACUGCACAAAAACUUGCCCCAAGCAUCUCAAUCCUGCUAAAGCCAUUGGGGAGAUCAAAUCUCUUCUCACCGGGUUCAAGACGAAACCUGCACCCGAGCCUGCCAAGUUCUAGAUUACCUGCGAUGCAGCAAGUCUAACUUAAGUUAAAUAGCUUGUUUCUGUAAUGAUCUAUAGAUCCGUUGUUUCUGGGUGCGACCCGAUAUCCGACUGUGUUGUGCUCUAAUUCGUUGCAUCGUUGUUAUCCUUCUCGCGUAGUAUUCAGUCUACAUUGCAUUUAUAGUGGAAUAAUCGAAAUCAUACCGGUUGUAGGUGUUUGGUUCUUAAAAACUAGUAUUAGAUUUACCGAAUGAAUAAAGUAUAGGCGUCUCGUAUG